ACACUGGCCGACCUCUCAGGCUUAGGGAGUCCCAGCAGGGCGUCUCACAGCUCCAGUGAGAGCCUCAGCAUCUCCUCCAGGUUCCUCUCCCAGAAUCCAGCUGGAAGUCGGACUGUGCUUCCUCUCCCAAAUCGAGGAGGAGUAUCGGAGGCGAAAGCCCGUCCUCUGGUCUCAGAAGUCCGACCUUUAAUGGAGGAGAACCGGACCCAGGACAGGAAGUUAUCAUGGAACCAGGAACAGAACCAGAACCACAAUCAGGACCACAACUCUUCAACUAAGGACCAGAAACAGAACCUCAAUCAGGACCAAACCUUUUCAACUAAGGACCAGAAACAGAACCACAAUCAAGACCAAACGCAGGACCACAUCCAGCCGGGUAAAGAUCAGCUCCAGAACCGGGUCGAGCAGGAGAUCUCUUCGAACCACAGACCCUCACCACAGAAGAAGAAGGUCCAGACCUCGGGGGAGUGCCGGAGGAACCUCGGCCCGACAGCCAGAGCUUCCCUCUCACAUCUGAACUCUUCAUCUGGACUCAGGAAGGCUCAGUCGGUCCAGAGUCUGCUCACCGACACAG